GAUGGCGUUUUCCAGAAACUGGGUGUUUUUCUUGCGAUGGACAAACUCGUCGACAGCCUGCAAUUUGUUUUGUGGUUUCGCUACGCUGAUGAGUUCAUAAAGAAGAAUCCGGACUACCCAAAUCUACUGAUGCCAACCUUGAUGCAGCACAACUGUGACGAUGCGCUGCUGGCCAUGAUCGAGGUGGCGAUGAAGAACCCAAGUACCUUGACAAUCGCCAAGAAGCUACAUAAAGAGGGUGAAAUGAAAGGCACGUAUCGAGAGGUGCGGACUUCGGACAAUACUUUUGUUGACAAGAAAAUAAGCAAGGCGAUCGACAACCUUCUCGCCAGCGACCAUUUCCAACUCUGGAGAGCGUACCUCGAUCGGUUCAAUGAGAUGACAUCAAACAGAUAG